AUCCUUCUAGAUGACGUCGAUAUACGCCAUUUGAGCGUCGAAUGGUUGCGUCGCCAGAUCGGGCUGGUAUCACAGGAACCCAAUUUGUUUGCCGGCACCGUCGUGGAGAAUAUUCGGAUCGGGAAGCCUGAGGCAGAGCUGGAAGAGGUCGAACAGUCUGCCAAGCAAGCGGACGCGCAUAACUUCAUCCUGAACCUGCCAGAGGGAUAUGAAACUUUUCUAACUGAAGGAGGAGGAAAGUUAUCUGGCGGUCAGAAACAGCGUUUAGCUAUUGCACGAGCCUUAAUUCGCGAGCCGAAGAUUCUUCUACUCGAUGAAGCUACCUCGGCAUUGGACAACAAGUCGGAGAGGAUUGUUCAGUCUGCCUUCGACAAGGCCUGUCACGGUCGGACCGUCAUCAUCAUUGCGCAUCGCCUCACCACAAUCCGCAACGCCGAUCGAAUUGUUGUGAUAGAUCGUGGGAUUGUUCAAGAAAUGGGCACCCAUGAGGAAUUACUCGCCAAAGGCUCUUUAUUCGUUUUGAGUAAUUGUUUAAUUGAGACCCAGGGUCUUCUGAUCAAGCCGCAUGUUGACAAAUAUGAGGAAGAUGAGAGCGGGUCUAGCAGCGAGGAUGAGCUCUCAGACAACGAAUUCCCGAAUUCAAGUGAAAUGCAUCGCAAAGAAUCCAUCAGAACUUCGGAACCUUCUGAGCACGAUAACCUUUCUUCUGUGGAUACGAACGUGUCUGUUUUAAGAAACAAAAAAACUCACGCUCUUCUUGAAGCUCUGGCUAUGAACAAACCGGAAUGGCCUUACCUAUUUUAUGGUCUUGUGGCAAGCACAGCGACCGGUGUCACACUGCCAAUGUUUUCAUUAGUUUACGCGGAAAUUUACGGCGUAAGUGAUCUUUUUGGUAUGCAAGAUCCUUCUGCGAAGAGAGAACGAGCUUCCUUUCUCUCGGGUAUUUUUGCAAUGCUGGGCUUUUUGCGACUUUUCUUUGCCUCAACAGGGAAUGCCGCCCUUGGGGUUGCGGGAGCCCGUCUUACCAAGCGGACUCGACGGCUCUUUUUCAAAGCAAUUUUAAAGCAAGAGGUGGCAUGGUUCGACCGACCGGAGAACCAGGCGGGCCUUCUGACGGCGCGAUUGGCUACUGAGGUUCAGAGCCUACACAGGGUCACGGGAACUCAGUUGGGCAUAUUCUUUGAAAGUUUUGGGCUCGUCGUCUCAGCGCUGACGAUAGCAUUUCUUUAUAGCUGGAAACUGACCCUUGUUGCAAUGGCUUUUGUCCCUGCACUCUUUCUCGCUGGCACACUUCAGACGCGCCAGCUAAGUGGCGGUGAUAGCCAAAAGCAAGGUCUUGAGGCAAAUGUCGCACAGGAGGCCUUCACGUCGUACCGCACAGUCGCUGCCUUCGGUCUGGAGAAAGCAGUUUACGAGAAGUUCAGAGCAGCCUCGAAAAAGUCUCCAGGGUCCCGCUACUGCCAAUCCUUACUCUUCGCAGUCGUACAUUGUCUAGCGAAUGGGACUUUCUUCUUUUUAAUCGCCGCGUAUUUCUAUACGGCAGCAGUCCUGUUUGAUAGGAAAGAGUUAGAUUUGCCGUCAAUUUUCAGAAUCUUUUCCGCGGUUAAUUUUGCUGCCCAAGGCCUUGGAAGAGCUGCUACUUAUGCUCCAGACUUCAAGACAGCCUCACAAAAAAUAAAGAACACCUUGUCAACCAUCCAUCGAGAAACAAGAAUGGACGUUAACGAAGGACUUUAUCCAUCUGAGCCGCUGAAAGCGAUAUUUGAAUUCAAGAACGUCUACUUUCGCUAUCCUACUAGAAGGAGAGUUCGAAUUCUGAAGGUUAGUUAUGCACUUUGCACAUACCCAGUCACAUGUUCACAAGCUUAA